AUUCAUAUCCCGGAAAUACACUGCUAUCGACUGGGAAGAAAUGGCGUUAUGAGCAGCUCUAGACUAUAAUAGAAGUGAGGCAGAAGAGUCAAGAGACAACAAUUCUCGUUUUUACCAAAUGACAGAAACGCCUAACCUGACAUUAGCCUAGACAUAUAUGUUUAUUAAUAAAGUUACACACUCGAUUAUGUAAGGGCACCCCACAGAUGGACAAAGACAGACUCGCAGCUGGUCCAUGCUCAUGGCUGGAUAUGCAUAAUUUUAUUGGUGACCUUAUGGCUGCAAAUGCUUCGGUCACUGGACAUCCACUGAGAGAGCAACGUACAGAGACAGUGAGUUCUGCUUGGCCCAGAGUAUCUCAUCCUCCCCAGUCCACCUCAUCCAGACAGAGCCAGAUGAAAAGUGCUGUUCAGUUCGGUCUGCAUUCUGAGGAAAGGGAAAGGGAACCCAGAGACCAUGAAAGCAAUGUUCAGCAUCGUGCCUGCACAUGUUCUGGCUGCCCUCUUUCUUCAUCUCUUCCUAAUUCCUCAAUCCACACCCUGAAACCCAGAACCAGCCCAGCCUCGCAGAUCCAUCCACCUUCGUCCCUCCAGUCCACCCCAGCGCAGCAGAUCAAAGAACCCAGCCUUGCUCCUGUCAGCCUGGGCUUGUGUCUAGGUUUGGGUCUCUCUCUGGAAGAGGACAACACAGAGCCCAGCAGCACAUCUGCUCACCCCCAGCAGGAAGACAAAGGCAGCAGCACCCAUAGCCCAAUCCCUCAGGCAAAUCCUGAGUCCUCCAGUGCUCCACCGGUUCAGGCCUUUGCGUGUCUAUGCUGCCACUGUGGGUUUCAAACCUGUGGCCAACUUCUACGCCAACAGAAGGACCCAGAGGCACAUGUUCCCCACCACCACUUCCAUCACCACCACCAUCACUGCCCGCUCUCCACCUGCACGUCAUGUACGCUCCCAUCCCUCCCUUGCCUGUCCUGUCAGCGCACCUUCCCCACCUGUGCCCAGCUCCUGCACCAUCAGCAGGGCCACACGCAACAGGAGGGCUUGCAAAAGCUCCCAUGCAUGCACUGCAAUGCUUCUUUCCCUCGGCCAUCGCAAUUGCUGCAGCACCAGCGAACCCAGCAUGCUUCCAAAGGGGGCGGCUUCCUGUGCGGCGAGUGUGGCCGUUCUUUCAACUCGCAUAGCAAUCUGCGCAUCCACCUCAACGUACACACAGGUGCCCGGCCCUACAUCUGUACCGUCUGCGGAAAGAGCUUCAGCCAGUCCGGGGCGCUUAAGAUUCACUGCCGAAUUCACACCGGAGAGAGGCCGUACACCUGUACUUAUUGCGGGAGGGGUUUCCCUAACUUAGCAGGGGUGAGAGCGCAUCAGCGAAUUCACACGGGGGAGAAACCCUAUCGCUGCGGUCAGUGUGGGAAGUGCUUUACUCAGUCCGGGGCUCUGAAGAUCCACACUCGCAUCCACACCGGCGAGAGGCCUUUCGUGUGCGGCCUCUGUGGGAAGAGCUUUUCAAACCGUUCUGGUAUUCGCUUUCAUCACCGCACAGUUCACGGGAUCGUGACGGAGCCCAACUCGGUGGGCAGGCCUAGUCUGGCUGCCUCAGCUUCAUCCUCAGGUUCAGAUUUCCAGAGAGUUCAAGCCCCCGGUCUCAACCAGAUCCAUCUCCAGGAGAUGGAAGAGAGGAGUCUGCCCAGUAAAGAGCAGUUAAGAGGGGAUGGGGACAAAGAGGCCCUUCCGUAUGCCUGCGAGGACUGCGGUCAGCGUUUUCCAGAUGCUCCGUCUAGAAACAGACACCAGACAUUGCAGCACUACUCUAACGAAGAGAGAGAAAAGGAAGAGAGCAGCUCAGACAAAACUAAAGAUUAGACAAAAACAACCAACAUUUCUGACUCCAAAAGAGAGGGAAGAUUAAAGCAACUUUAAUAUGAAAUGUAUUAAAGCCGAUGUUGAGCCCAUUUGAAACCUGCUGAUAUCGGUCCCCUCGCACUGUUAAGUCAUGAUGUAAGAAACAUGGUUUGUGUCCAAGACGCUAUACACUUUAAUUGAGAAUGCUGUCUAAUUUAUAACAUACAUUUAAGCUAAGCUUUUAAAAACUGCCAGUGCACACUACAGUCUCUGGGCGCACAGUGUGCAGGACAAGUAUUUUAUUGAUUCAUAAAAGAUGAAUCACUGUCUAGCCAUCUAUGAUUUUGGUAUGGUGAUAAAGCUUAGGAUCUUGAAUUUUUUGAAGUAUUACAGCACACUGUGAGUGUACUGAAUACUGUCAUCAUAUGUUGUUUGCUUUUGGCCUCUGAUAGAGCGUUUGGACCCGGAAAUGCUGGCGUGUGACGUCAGACGUAACAUUCUUGUUUUGAUCACGUAAGAUUCUUUUGCCGGUGAUUUGUGCCUUUAAAAAAGUACAGUUGUGACAAUCUGUAUUGUGAAACUGCACCUUAAAUUUUAAACAAGUAGCUUUGCCUAUCAGUAUUAUGGUAUUUUGUGCAUAAACGUUACCAAACCUGUGCUAGUUUUUCCACCAUCGGGCCGAAAGGUUACCAAAAGCAAAGAGAAGAAGGCUUGUUAGCAAAGCUCAUGAGUCUCCAUGUCACUAAAGCAGUUCUACAAGCAUGAUUCUCCUGGCCUGAGGACGGUUGGAUAGAUGUGCUGAGAAAUACACAAAUGGAAUGGUUUGUAUUUGUACUUUGUACUUAAUGAGACUCGUAUCACAACUGGUAUCGCUAACAGCCAUUCAGCCUGAUAAUGGAAAAGUGCUUUAUUUUACAUUUAUAUACUGUAUAUUUGUAUGUGGGAGUAUUUUGCAGUUUUGCAAGUUGUUUUUUCUAGCUUAUUAUAUUACUUUUCAGUUUUAACAAACUUCUGAUGCUGUUUUGAUAAUGAACUGGGUCAUUAAGAAAAGGUGCUGACUGGAGGGCGGCAUGGUGGUUCAUAGGGUAUCAUUGGCGCCUCACAGCAUGAAGGUCACCAGUUUGAGCCUGAGGUUUUUCUGGGUGGAGUUUGCAUGUUCUCUGUGUUGCCGUGAGAUUUCUCUUGGUGCUCCAGUUUUCUCCAUAAUCCAAAAUCGUGCAACAUAUGUUAAUUGGAGAAGCUAAACUGUUUGAAGGUGUGAAUGUGUGGUGGAUUGGCCAUCUGUCCGGCCUGUGGCCCAAGAUCCUGGGAUAGGCCUCUGUAUCCCCUCAACCUUACAGAGGACAAGCGGUUUGAAGAAUGGAUGCAAAGGGUUCCAAUUGGUUUCUUAGGUUUUUCAGGUGGGGUUUUAAGCCUGAAAUUGACAGAGCAGUUCUCAGCGCCCUUAGCGUCUUUAUGGGAAUCUUGAAAAGCACAUGCAACCUAAGACAAAAUCUUUAGAUUCUGGCUUCAAAAGUCAAAUAUGGCCAUUGAGAUUAUUCAUCACACAUACGAGUGUGGGUGUAGAAUAAAUGUUGUUUUUAAAUUAAAUGACACUCUUACCAUAUUUAAAGUCAGUGUAGCUUGUGUGGGGAUGAAUAUUAUGACCAUAUCAGGAUAUCUGAUGUACGUGCCUGCUGGUGUUGCUUACUGUAUUUGUGGUCUCUGCAGGGACUGACAGUACACAAGACUGCAUGAAGUGAGGGGCUUAAAUUUUUAAAACUGUCCAAAGAUAUCUGUAAGUAUUAUCACUUAGAAUUAAAGUUUGGCAAAACCAUUUGGGGAAAUGAAUUUGACAUUAUUUUUAUGUCCAUUUUGUAUCUAUAAAAUUACACUAUUGAUAUGAGCCUUUAUGACGGUCAAUGACCUCUCAACCCAGAGCAUCAGAUUCGUCUGUCAGUUUAGCUCAUGUCUAUAUGUGCAUUGUGUACACAUAUGUCAACAUAAUAAAGGUUGAUGUACCAUUUUUGGAAAUAAAAUUUGGAGUAUGGAGUUUAAAUGUUCAACUUUAUGACUCUAGUGAUACUA